AUGUCGCACGCGGGGAGUCGGGGGAACGUGUACGACGAAAAGGGCACCGUGCUCUACCGCGCCGUGCCGGAGAACUCGUCCGCGGUGAGCGGCAAGAGCGAGGAGGAGAGCACGGCGGCUGGAGGCGCGGCGGUUGACUUCUCCACGACGGCGCCGCCCAACGCGUCCGCCAUGAAUGUCACCGCCUCCGUGGCCCUGCGCUCCAGGGCGCCGCGGAUCAGUAAGUCCGUGUCGUUCACCCGCCCGCCAGUCGCGAAUGCCCCGGCGGCCGCGACGAAGAAGGAGGCGCCAAAGCUGAUUCAGAACAGCCUGACCCCGGAGCAGGCGCUGCUGACGCUGUUUCCCCCCGAGCCACUGCAGGACACCGAGAACGGCAGCAAGAAGGAAAGGAAGGAGUUGGGCUUUUCCGAUGCGGCGACCUCCACCAUCUGCACCGCGCGAGAGCCCGGCGAGCGUCGCUGGAUGAAGGUAGCGGCGAUUGAUCACACCAGUCGCCUUGACUGCGUGCAUCUGCAGGACCACCUGGAGCGCCGAUGCAAAGAGGAGAACGCGCGCCCGUCAGGGGUUGUCUGCCGAAUCCGCGAGGAGAUCUACACCGACGGUCUGAAGGAGCUGAUACGACAGACGACGGUGCUCUGCCCCGAGCGUGGGCUGCUGCUUGCCGAGCUUGCGACGGAGAUGUGGCAGACGACAAAGAAGUACGAUAUUCUCUUUGACAGCGCCUGUCAGUACGCCGUGCGCAAGGCGAUUGAGCGCGACAUGCGGAGUUACCUGUUUGACGACAAGAUGCGUUUGGAGAGUGAGGUGCGGCGGCUGGAGAACCGCGUGAAUGAACUGCGGGCGAAGCACGACGGCAUGCAGGAGCGCUUCGAGGAGCUGAAGCAGGCGGAGCAGAGUAGACACGAAGAGGAGGUGCAGUACCUCAAGAAGGUCAAUCAGCAGAUCGUCAGCGAGAUCAAACGGAUCACGGCGUUAGAAAAGGCGAAAGCCACAGCAGCGGCACAGGCACAGGCACAGGUACAAAACACCGUGUAG